CUAAACCUAACUUCGUGAUUCGGUAUCCGUCUUAGAGACAAUUAGUCAAACACCUGGUGUGUGUGUGAGCCAAUCCCAGUGGAUUCCAUCAAGAACACGGAUUAAGACACCAAACGACAAAGAAAUAAUUCAUUUUUACGUAGUCUGAUAAGUUCAGCUCCAAAAACGGAGGAUUAAGAAGCAAAGUAACGUUAAAUCAAUUCACUGACUGACAUCCCAUGUUAAGAAAAAGGGGGAAAAAGUUGUAAUCCACUUGCAGUAGUGGUUUCUGAUCUUCUUCAAAGUUUAUUCAGCGUGUUUCUUUAAUGAUUGAAGAAUUGGUGGAUUUAGAUCGCUUGUGGUUCGGAGAUUGGGUGAAUGUAUGAGAAAGACGAAGAAUCUGAAUCUGAAUCAGAAAUGGGUCGAGAGAUUUCGAAUCUUCUACGGCCGCGAUUCCUUAUUAUCUUCUUGAUCGGUUCAGUUCUUGUCUUCCUUGCCUUCUCAUCGUUCUCUGAACAGGAGGAAGAGACAGUAGAAGAGGUGCAUGAAAUUACUCACAGAGUUUUCCUGGAUGUUGAUAUUGAUAAACAACGGUUAGGAAGAAUCGUUAUAGGAUUGUAUGGAGAAGUUGUGCCAAAAACUGUUGAAAAUUUCCGUGCUUUAUGCACAGGGGAAUUGGGCAAGGGUAAUAAUGGUAAAACACUACACUAUAAAGGAAUCCCAUUCCAUCGUAUCAUACCUGGGUUCAUGAUUCAAGGUGGAGAUAUUGUCUUUGGUGAUGGGAGGGGGAAUCAAUCCAUAUAUGGUGGUACCUUUCGUGAUGAAAAUUUUAAGAUCAAACACUCACACCCAGGUAUGGUGGCCAUGGUGAAUUCAGGUCCAGAUUCCAAUGGCUCACAGUUCUUCAUCACUACAGUUAAGGCUUACUGGUUGGAUGGAGAACAUGUUGUGUUUGGCAAAGUUAUCGAAGGGAUGGAUAACGUGUACGCGAUAGAAGGAGGAGCGGGUACGUACAGUGGAAAACCAAGGAAAAAGGUCGUAAUUAGUGAUUCCGGUGAGAUCCCAAAAAGUGAAUGGAAUCGGGAGACCGGAAUCACAACAAACGAAUCAUGACCGAUAGCGUCAUAUUAGCUUAUAUGUUUCUUUGGGUUUUUAGAUAGCUUGACAAUUCUUGAAGAUGAUAUCUCUCAUAGUCAACUAAUUAGAAACUUUAGAAUUUAGAUAAGUGCAAUAUUGAUCUUUGCACUUUGUUACCUAUACAUGUGUUUUUGUAGUUGAUUGGGGUUGAAGUUCGAAAUCAUACUAGUCAAAUAGUAAAAUUACAGGAAAGACCCUGAGAAUCCCAUUAGAACGAGGUAUGGAAUACCUUCAUCAUAUAUCUUGGAAUAACGUAUUUUGGGUAUAGUAAUGUCAAAUACUACAUAAGUACCUUUAUUAUAUGAAGUUUUGGCUAUCUAAAAGAACUAAAAACACGCUUGAAAUGGAUCGUUUAUAUCUGUGAGCCAUGUAAUUAUAGAUACAUAUUUAGCGUUGGAAAUAUGUUCGAAUAAAUAUCAAUGUAUUUGUAAAACAUGAAAACGUGUACAAUACUCAUUAGCGAAGGGAAUCGACACAUCAGUUGUAUUACGAUUGCAAGCUCACAUGAUAUGAUGGAUUUAUAAAACUUUCACAAGUUUAAAUAAACCAGAGGGUAUGUUAUAUCGUAUAUAUAAGUCGUGAC